AUGACUCCCGAUCAACCGCCUCACGGCUUCGAGGAGAAGGAGUUGACAGACUUCAACCUCAGACAACCACCUCCAUCAAGAAACGUCUCACACCUCACCGCAUCGCAGGAGUCGCCAUCAUUGCGAGCAGAAUCACCCCAGCCUGCGCCCCAGAAGCACCCGGCGCCAUCACUCGACACAUUUCCCACGCUCCAAGCUCCCGUUGAGACAAAUGACUCCAUGUCAAUUCGAUCGCCCGUUGGCCAGCGCGCGGAGGCUAGCAGACUUGACGAUGACAUCGAGCUUCUGCGGAUCGAGCGUGCUGUCUCUGCUGACGUCCAUGACAAUGCCAGUCAGAUGAGGAGGCGUGCUCAGAAUUUUGAGCCCGAGGAUGCUUUCAACGCGCCCAUUCCUCAAGAAACUUUCCACAAUGAGAGGAAAGUAGACCCCGAUGCUUCUUUGUUGAAAUUCUGGGUGUUCCUCUCCAAGUUCCCUCGAUUCGUCCGAUAUAUCCUCUACGUGAUUCCCGGCGCUGUUCUCCUUCUUAUCCCAGUCUUGCUGGGUAAGUUCGUGCUCAAUUCCGAGGGCAAGCGACGAGAUGUGAACGGCGUUGAUCUCAUGUGGUUUGGUAUUUGGCUCGAGAUCGUCUGGGGAGUCCUCUGGGUUUCUCGCAUGAUAACAAGUAUCCUGCCCCCGACCUUCAAACUUAUUGCAAAGCUACUUGGAUCUACCAAUGCCAAGAAGUGGAAGGACAUCGGAUAUCAGCUUGAUCUUCAUACGGCCGUCUUCCUCUGGUUUCUGGCCAUCCUCAUCUCUUUCGAGCCGACGAUGACAAACCACAACUUCCGAGACCGCAAACCGAACUGGGUCAAUAUCAUGAACAAAGUCAUCAUUGCCCUGUUCACUCUGGCGGCUCUCAACUUUGUCGAAAAGAUUCUUAUCCAGUGGAUCGCCUUUACUUUCCACACACGAACCUACGCAACUCGAAUCGACAACAACAAGGCCGACAUUGGCCAGCUUGUUCACCUUUACGAGCAUGCCAAAAUGCACAACGAAAAGACCGACUAUUUCUUCCAGCGCCACAGCAACUCCGUCAGCGGCGCGCAAACCCCGAUGCAGGCACUCCAGGACAACGCGCGCCAAGCUUUGAACAAGGUCGGCUACGUUGCUGGUCGGGUCGGAAACGAUCUGAUCGGUCGUAAGAUUGAUAGCAAGCACCCUCGCAGGGUUGUCACCGAACUUCUGAAGACGAUGAGUACGGCUCAUACACUGGCUCGUCUUAUCUACCGCUGUGCCAUUAGAGAGGGCCAAGAUUUGGUCUAUCAGGAGGACAUGGAAAGGAUCUUUGGCAGCGAAGAGGAGGCUGAGGCUGCCUUUAUGAUGUUUGACAAAGACAUGAACGGUGAUAUCUCGAUUGACGAAUUCGAAGCUGUGUGCAACGAAAUCCAUCUCGAAAAGAAGGCCAUCGCCGCAUCUCUCAAGGAUCUUGACUCGGUGAUUAAGAAGCUCGACAAGGUCUUUGUGUUCAUCAUCAUCAUCAUCUGCAUCAUCGUCUUCAUCUCGAUUCUCUCUGGCUCAGCUGCCGCCGCCCUCGGUUCCGCUGGUACUGUCGUUCUGGGUCUCGCAUGGGUUCUCCAAGCCACGGCUCAGGAAUUCCUCCAGUCCAUCAUCUUCGUCUUUGUCAAGCACCCCUUCGAUGUCGGCGACCGUGUGACUGUUUACGGAUCUACCGGUGACCUCAUGAUGGGCGACGACUACUAUGUGACUGAGAUUUCCCUCCUCUACACCGAGUUUAAGAAGAUGCAAGGCCACAUCGUGCAGGCUCCUAACUCGCUACUCAACAACCUCUUCAUUCUCAAUCAGCGACGAUCGAACGGGUUGGCAGACGUCCUUCCUCUGGUGAUGCGCUUCGGAACUCCCCAGCCUAUGAUCGAUGAGCUCAAGGCCCGAAUGACGGACUUUUGCCUGGCCAACAAGCGCGAUUACGCGCCUCGCAUCAUUACUGAGAUGACCAAGAUUGACGAUGUUCGAUCGUGCACCAUGAACAUGAUCUUCUUCCACAAGACCAACUUCCAGAACGAACUGCUGCGUCUCAACCGCCACAACAAGUUUGUUACAGAGCUGAUGACACAGAUGGUCAACGUUGGCAUCCAGUCACCAUUCCGCAUCGAGCCUGGUGGCAGCCGAGAGCACCCCAUGUUCUGGUCUGGUAUGCAGCCUCCUCCUGCCUACGGCAAGGGAGCCGACCACAGCGGCGUUGAGCUUCAUGACAAGCCUGCUCCCGUCGACAAGUCCAUGUACUCCGAGGGUCCUCCUCUCAGCCACGUUCCGUCGAAUUUUAGCCGUCGCGGCGGGGAUCGAAUAGGUUCUAUCGACAACAUGACGGACUUCCAGGACGUGUUUGAGAACAGACGGGAGAACAUUCAUGCGCAACGACUCGCCUCCAUCCGAGAGAAGGAGCGUGGUUCGCGCGCGGAAGAGGAACAGGAGCGACGAUCGAUGGCCAGCUCUACAGGCAUGGAUCGCGUUACUUCGACUGAGAGUCGUCCCCGUGUGUUCAACCGUGUGAGAACAGGGUCUAAGAGCCGGCGUCCUGGCGACAUCGUCUAA